CAUCUAAAAAUAGCCUUAAGUGGGGAAUUAAAUGGCAGAAGUAAAGUUGCCCGUAACGCGACAAAUCGAGAGCGAAAUAACUCGGGACAGUGGAUCUCCUCCGGUCGACGUGCACCUCCGAAACGUGGAGGAUUGUUUCAUUUACGACCGCCACGGAAAGUCCAUCCCGUUCAAGAGUUUGUAUCAAGACCGGAAGUCGAUCAUCAUUUUUGUGCGGAAUUUCUUGUGUUACAGCUGCAAAGAAUACGUGGAUGAUCUGAGCAAAAUACACAAAGAAAUUCUGGAGAGGGUGGGGUUUGUUUUUUUGCAGGAUGCCGAGGUUAGUCUCGUUGUCAUUGGUCAGUCUGCUCAUCGUCACAUACAGCCUUUCUGCUCACUGACAGGAUACGCUCAUGAGAUCUACGUUGACCCCGAGAGGAUCAUUUACCGUAAGCUGGGGAUGAAACGAGAAGAGAAGUUUACAGUCUCAGCCCAACCGAGUCCUCAUGUGAAGUCUGGUAUCUUCAUGGGCCAAAUUAAGAGUAUAUGGAGAGCCAUGACGAGUCCUGCAUUUGACUUCCAGGGUGAUCUUCAUCAGCAAGGUGGAGCCAUCAUUGCAGGACCAGGCUCUCAAGUCCAUUUCUCCCAUUUUGACAUGAACCAUCUGGACCACAUGCCUAUUAACUGGCUGCUGCAGCUCGCCGGAGUUCAACGCACUCUGAACUUCAGCAAUAAAGCAAAGGUCAUCCAUGUGUAGCCGCCCGGCAUGCACAAAGUGGAACAUAUUUGCCUGUCGUGGAAAUCUGUUGUUCAUAGCGAUAGUUGUAUUUACACUAUACUUACUGUAAUGCCCUCGCACGUGGGAAAGGAGAGCCAUAGUCGCGAUGCGCUUUCAGCCAUUUAUUUAACGCCAAAAUAGCAAAACCCAAACACAAUGAGCACACUCGCUCAGGAGCUUCUCUUGGCCACACCUCACGCCAAGACGCUCACACCCAGACGUCACAUGCCACCCCACCAGGCCCCGCCUCUUAAAGGCACAUAUCUAUCUGCUGUGAAAUUAAAACAAAAAAAUCAAGUAGUGACAGGCCGUUGGGGCCCCAGGAAGAAAAACGUUUCUACUACUUUUCUAGAUAAUUCAAUUGUCCAGUGAAGUUCAAGUGGUAAAAGAAAGCAAGUGAACUCAACUUGAAAAUGACUGAGAAAAAAUAUACUGUAUAUUUGCAGUACAUACACAUUUGAAUGAUGCGCUUGAAGCAAACUCGGCACAGCGCAUACGGUUUGAUGUUCGUUUGCACGGCAAUGCUCUACGUGUGUAUUUUGAUGGGUUGGUUGUUGAUAUUGUUCACUCCAGAGAUCUUAAUUGUG